AUGGCAGUGCUCAAGGACGAUCCCGCUGCGCUGGACAAACUGACUCUAUGGAUGGGUAUUAUCUCAACAGUCUAUAUCAUCACUCUCGUCAUGUGUCGAAUAUCGGGCAUUCUCUUUUACGCUCGCCUGAACUCGAUGCCACGAUUUGCACUCUAUUUGCGUUUGACCUUCCUAUUUGUGGUGGUAGCGUUCCUCGUCCAAGUCGUGGUUACGAUUAUUCGAUGCGUUCCAAUUGCCGACAUAUGGAAAAAGAAGGCCAACGGCGAAAGAUGUUUUGGCGUUGCAACAAUAAGCUACAACUCUGCGUUGACGUUAUGCGCAGAUUUGUUGAUUUUGAUUCUACCAACAAACAUUAUUCUCACGGUGAAGGCGACCUUGAGCCGCAAAAUCGUGCUGGGGAUUAUCUUGUGCUUCGGAAUCUUGUGA